GUAGAGUGGAGCAGGUGGGCGUUCCUCUGCGCAACACAGCGCUGCUGGAACUGAGCGGAAUCUCUUCUUCUCAGACACUUUCAGCUUGUGCUCGACGCUUUAGUGAAAUGCUGCAGCUGAAUGACAGUGUAGAUCCUGAGAGCCCGGGCGCGGCUAUCUUACACGCGGGGGACUGUGAUGAUGGACUGGAGGUGGCGGCCCGAGCUGGAGCUUCAGUGGCCUGCUGCACCCCGCUACAGACCCUCACGCCUUUCCAUGUUCACAACCCAACCAUGCGAGCUAAAGUCAAAGACUACUUCGUCUUUAGGCCAGGAACCAUAGAGCAGGCAGUCAAUGAUAUCCGCACGGUUGCCUUGCCUUCAGAAGACGGAGAGGUUCUUAGUGUGUGGCUGCUAGCAGAAAUUGAUCACUGGAACAAUGAAAAAGAGAGACUGGUACUUAUAACUGAGAGGUCUUUGUUGGUGUGCAAAUAUGACUUCAUAAACCUCCAGUGUCACCAGGUCAUCAGAAUUUCCUUGAACGCUGUUGACACAAUCUCUGUCGGCGAGUUUGAGUUUCCUCCAAAAUCCCUCAACAAGAGAGAGGGAACCGGAAUCCGUGUCCAGUGGGAUAAGCGACCAAGACCUUCGUUCAUAAAUCGCUGGAACCCCUGGUCCACUGACAUCCCCUUCGCCACCUUCACUGAACACCCCAUGGCACACGCAGAUGAAAAGGUGGCUUCCCUCUGCCAGCUUGAGAAUUUCAAGACCCAGCUCAUCCAGGCUGUGAAAAAAGCCCAUAAAGAAUUCCCUAUCCCAGGACGAGCCAAUGGCGUGCUGAUACUGGAGCGGCCCCUCCUUAUCGAGACUUACCUGGGCAUCAUGUCCUUUAUCAACAAUGAAGCCAAACUGGGCUACGCCAUGACAAGGGGAAAAAUCGGCUUUUAACUACUGAAUUCUCCCUCCAUCUCCGUCAUCCUCCAGUCAAGUGCUGUUUUUGAGUGAUACUGCUACACUCGAGUAUGUGAGUUGAGUACAUACUACUUGUUUUGUUGUUUGUUUGGAUGUAUAUAGCGUGUGAAAUGUGCCAGGCAGUAAGACAUGGUCACUGCAGCAGGAUGUGCCUGGAUUAACCCGAUGCCAAUCUACAUGCCCUCUUCCUCUAUUCACAUGUAGUAAAAAAGCCUUUCUAAUUUGGUCGAAUGAUUUAGAGAGGCAGUUUGUGUCUGUUUUAUGGCAUGCUUUGAUGACCAUUGAAUAUUUUUAACAAAUAUUGUGGCAGUCGACUAGUUUGUAGGUUGAUUUGAAUGACUUAAGGAAGUCUUUUUCAGUUUAGAUAUGUUUAGGGUUCACCUGACCCCACUCUGCUGACUUUCUAAAGGGGGCAUUUAGAUAAUGACAUGUUCUUGCCUUUGAAAACAGCUUGACUGUGUGCACUGGAACAAAACCCUGGGGUUUCGAGAUGCGUUUUUAAAAAAAGUUGAAAAGCUAAAAAAGCCAAUACUAAUAGAAGGAUGCUCAGAAAAACAAAAAACAAACAAACAAACAAAAAUACAUAAUGCAAUGCAAUGACCGAAGACAUAUAUCUGCAUGUGUAUGACUAUAGUGCAGAUUGAAAAAGAAAAAAAAAAAAACAUUUCAAAAGUGUUUUACCAAGUGAACAGU